AAUAUAUAAGGAAGAUCCGGCCUUGCAAAUGGAGGUUCCUGUGCGUGUUCACUUUCCACAGCUCCGUGUUCUUCUUCAGCUCCGUGUUGCCGGUUGUGCUUCUUUCCUCCCCUUCACCGCCGCCACCGUUACAGCCGCUUGUGGCCCACUUCGCAACGCCAAAGGACUUUCUCCUCAGAACCUGCCCGGACGCAUCUUGGAGAAGGCUGUUACGCCGCCGUUGCCAUCUCGACGCACGCAGACAAUCUUCGCGCACCUCUCAAGCACCAUCCGUGAGGAUCCUCUUCGUAGCUGCCCCGCCACCACAAGGUUCCACUACAAUGCAUCGUAACCUGAUCGUCCUGGCUCUCAGCGCCACAGCUCUCUACCUGGUGUGCGGGAAGUCGCUUCACAGGUCGAAGCGAUGGGAAGAGUUUCCGGACGUCGAAUUCCACUUCGACUGCAGUGACAAGCCGAUCGGAUUCUACGCCGACAUGGAGUUCGACUGCAAGAUCUUCCACAUGUGCGACGCCUACGGCCGCCGCGUGCCGCACAUCUGCGCCAACGACACGGCCUUCAACCAGCGGUACCGGGUCUGCGACUGGGAGUACAACGUCAACUGCGCGGACUCUCCAAACUACUACUACCUCAACGACCUGACCUACGAGACGGAGCCGCCGACCAAUGCCAAGGCCUAGUCCGCCAGAUAGCUAAAUUCGAUUGUGCCCACGGUGUGAAGCUCGCCCUUUCCACUGCCACACUUCCAUCCCCCCCCCCCCCCUCGAAUGGAUACACAUUCCUUCCUCAGCCCUUUCUCACAGACCCGUUAACUUUCUAACCAGCCCGUCCCAUCCCAACUCAUUUUUCUGAACGAACACGUUCCCCGAAAAUGACACUCAGCACCCCCCCCCCCCUACCCAACCCCAUCACCAUUAUCCUCUAUAGUUAGGAUAGAUUUCUACCUUAAUCGGUCGUAAGCAGAUGUGCCAGCAUUGGGUAACUUCGGAUCAUCGGGGAUGACAUAUUGUUUUGGAGCGGAGAUCAAAUCCCAGAGCCGUCCCGGCAUAGUCGUUGAGAAAUCGGAGCUGUGUGACGCGGGCACUUGCAAGGAAGAAUCCGGAUCAUAGUCGCAAGAAAGGUUACAGAUGGUCAGAGGUCACUUCUUGCCCAGCAAAGUUAAAGAGCCGUGCCACCGUGUUCCGUCAAGUACACAAACUCUGGCUGGGCUCUUUAGGCGCCUGCCAUGCUCCAUUGCUUCGUCACGGGUAGCCGAUUGACGGCCAUUUUGAGCGUUUAUCAACAUCUCAGUAAGCUAGAACUCAUGAGAAUACACGAACGUACCCCGCAUCUACAAGCAGGAACGUCACGACAACCUUCCAACUUGCUUGCAGAAGACGUGGCACUGAUUCUUUUUCUUAUACGACCAACGUUGCAAGCUCAGACAACGACAACCAACGUAGCAGCUGUCGGGGCUGCGGUGACGCGAUGACAUCCGGUCAUCGUAUGACGUGAGUCUAGGUCAGCGAUAAUGGACUUACCCGCAUGUACCGGCCAACGGGAAACGCGCUUCCGAAGCGAACUCAUUUCCGGUAAAUGUCAGUCAGGCCUAAUUGCACGACUCACGCCGGUCUUCUGACCCGGCUAACUUCGAUCAAAGAGCUGCGUGGGUAGGCCGGGGUCUGGUGAUAUUGAGUGGCUGCGUUGUUGUUGCUGCAGCUAGGUGGCACUGAGAACCCUGUCGCCUCUCAAGUUAUCGCCAAUCUGCGUCACGAGUUAUUACUUAGCGAUGAGCAGGACAGGCUGUCUCGGACUCGCGUCGUAGCUUCGUCCGCAGGUAUAGACCAUUAAGAAAAGAGCACUCUGUCGUUACGCAGAACUCGACACAUGGGGCGCUGCAGUCGCAUGUUUGAGUAUCCCGUUCGUUAGCUUGGGAGUGAACCGGCGCAGAUUGCAGAUGUUUGAUUGUCGCUAAGGCAACAAUAACGCUGAACAAAAACUUUGUAAGUGAGUGUUACUUAUUCGGCCAUUGGGCAUGGAGCAGGUCUGACGGUAACCGACAGGAACGGCGCUUAUUUAAUUAUUGUGUAAAUCUCAUGAAGUGGUGCAAAUGCUUCACAAAAAUACAGCUACACCUUAUCACUGCACGACGUUUUUCCUGCUCCCAACCUUCCCUCAGCCCCACCAUUCCAUCCUCCCACGCAUUAUUAUUAGUUCUUGAGGAAAAAAAAAAAAACCCGGGGCCAGGAGUUGCUGUUUUGCUAAAAGCCCUUUAGAUGUACGUGCAGGAAUUAUGUCGUUUGGAAAACAGUUAACCGAAGCUUGCGGUGCUGGGUCUAGGCUAUAAAACUAGCCUUUCAAAAAAUCCGGAAGAAACAAAUAAUUAAGGAUAACGUCUUUAAGCGUGCCUUUCAUCUCAAUUCAUCAAGCGUUUUUAUUUGGUAAAAUUUAUUAUACACACGCACACACACAGACACUCACGCUCUGUGCUCCACACACACACAUGUAAACAUUUAAGUUAUAUGCUUUUAGUUCUGACUAUAAAAAAACCAUAGGGGUUAGUAAAUAUGAGAAAAUGACGGCCGCAGCUCAUGACGGUGUACAUAAGUGAUUCUGUGUGCCCAACGCACGCAAUGUUUACAUUGUUGCGUACUGUGUUAGACAAAGCAUCUAUCCGAGGAAGCUCAAAAAUAAAAAAAAGAUAAGUUUGUGUAGUUUCGUGUUUCACAAAAAAAAUGCAAAAUAAGAUGUCCAUUGUGUGUGUUUUAUGUAAUGUACAUAAGACAAUAAACCAAAUGUUAUUUGUACAA